UCAUGCACACACACGUGACAGGAUUAAAGGCCUCAAUCAGAGGACUGCAGCUGGGUUCACAGCUUGGUCAAUGCACUUUGAACAACUGCGCUGAGGUGAACUCCAGUUGCAUAUAGAACACUACGGUGAACCGAACAUGCCCCCUGCUGCAGCAACUAAUCUAGCCCACAAGCCACCAGACGGGGGCUGGGGCUGGGCUGUCGUCGUCGCCGCUUUCAUCUCCAUAGGAUUCUCUUAUGCGUUUCCCAAGUCCCUCACCAUCUAUUUCAAGGAAAUUCAGGAAUAUUUUUCCGUUUCCUACAGCGAGAUUGCUUGGCUGUCCUCGGUCAUGCUGGCAUCUAUGUAUGCAGGAGGUCCUGUCAGCAGCAUACUUGUAAAUCGCUAUGGCAGCAGACCAGUGGUGAUGCUUGGUGGGCUCAUGGUAAGUGCUGCCAUGGUGCUUUCUUCUUUUGGCACCACUAUCAUUCAUCUGUACCUCUGUGUGGGGGUUAUUGGAGGUUUCGGUCUUGCCUUCAACCUUCAGCCAGCUCUGACAAUCAUAGGCACUUACUUCCAGGCCAAAAGGCCUCUGGCAAAUGGACUUGCCAUGACAGGAAGCCCCGUUUUUCUUUCCAUCCUGGCUCCUCUCAACCAGUUCCUUUUUGAUUCUUAUGGCUGGAGGGGAAGUUUCCUCAUUCUGGGAUCUAUUGUGUUAAACUGCUGUGUAGCUGGAGCUCUGAUGAGGCCUGUCCACAAACAGGUUGCAUCCAAACCCAGCAGCCCCUUACCAAAGUUCAACAAAGCAGUGGAUGAAGGUGCCGCUGCAGACGCCAGCAUGCAGACGGCCGAUUCUGACCCUGAAGAGCGUCGGCAUGAAGGCAAAGGUCCGAGCCAGGCUUCCAAACUGGCAGACUUCUCUCUUUUUAAGCACCGGGGCUUUCUGAUUUAUCUCACUGGGAAUGUAGUCAUGUUUUUUGGCUUUUUUGCACCUGUGGUUUUUCUGGCUCCGUACGCCAAACACCAAGGGAUCGAUGAAUAUUCUGCAGCUUUCUUGCUCACCAUCUUUGCUCUGGUGGACAUGUUCAUUAGACCAUUCACUGGUUUCCUUGGCAAUACCAGGAGGAUCAGACCAAAAAUUCAGUAUUUUUUUAGUUUUGCUGUUUCCUACAACGGCAUUUGUCACCUGCUGUUCCCAUUGGCAUCUGGAUACAGUGGACUGGUUGUGUACGCUGUUUUCUUUGGAGUGGGAUUUGGGAUGGUCUCGGCUCUGCUGUUUGAAGUUCUGAUGGACUUAGUUGGAGCGCCUCGCUUCUCCAGUGCACUCGGUCUCGUCACCAUCAUUGAGUGUGGACCAGUACUUCUUGGGCCCCCGAUGUUAGGAGCUCUGGUUGAUACUUUUGGGGAGUACAAAUACUUGUACGUGACAUGCGGCGUGUUAAUGCUAGCACCUGGCUUGUUUUUCUUCAUCAUGCAUUAUUUCAACUAUAAGAAGCUGAAAGAGGAGCAAAAGCCUGAGGCUGCAGUGGAGACGAGGAGACCUGGAGAGACCGUGGAGCUCAAAACGAACGAUGAAGCAAGUAAAUGAACCUGUUAGUUAUAAUUUUCCUUUUAGCAAGGCAGUAAAACUUGUCCUGCCUUUACAUAAAAUAGCAGCUAUUAUAAAUUAUAAUACAUACAGAUAAAUACAGGACUUUAAUAAGGUUUUUGGGAUUUUUUUUUUUCUUUCCGAUCUGCAUCUUUCUGUUUGUUUACUAUAGUUUUACAUUUGUUCAGUUCAUUUUAUCAUGAGAGUACAAAUUGAUUGUUUUUUUUUUUUAAUAAAAAUUAUCGAAAAAAUUUUGAACAAGC